AUGGGUGGCAAAAGUUAUGUGACAUUGCAUUAUCUAUCGCAAAACUCCGAGUCUCUGAUUGCAACAGUAUCCGAAAAUAUGCGGUCCGGACCCAUGAUCUCCAGCCCAAAAGGGAAAACAACAGAAUCACUAAGCAGUGGGAGGGCCCCCAAAGCUGCAUUAACGACAGUUUUAGACGACAAUAGAUCGGUUUUUUGA